AAACGGAGCCCCGAGCGGCCGUCUCGUCGCGCGUUCCUGAAGGCGCGCGGGGCUGCUGGCGCCGCUUGAUGACGUCAGGUCAUUGACAGCGUGAGGCGGCGGCCGUGGCGGCUGCUGCUUUGGUUGUGGGCGGCCGGGUGCAGCAUGUCUAGACUGGGGGUCUUGGGCAGCGCCCAAGCCGGGCUGGGACUGUUGCUGGGCACCGCCGCCGGCCUUGGAUUCCUGUGUGCCUUUUACAGCCAGCGGUGGAAACGGACCCAGCGCCAUGGCCACAGCCAGAGCCUACCUAACUCCCUGGACUACACGCAGACCCCAGAGCCAGGACGCCAGGUGAGGCCUUUUCGGGCAGUCCCUGGUGAAGCUGGAGACGCUGCGGUGCUGCCCAGCCUUGCGCGAGAGGGCCCGGAGGAGGUGCUGGAGCGCCUGGACUUGGUGCUGACCAGUCUGGUGGCCCUGCGGCGCGAGGUAGAGGAGCUGCGGAGCAGCCUGCAGGGGCUUGCUGGGCAGAUUGUUGGGGAGGUCCGAUCCCACAUGGAAGAGAGCCAGAGAGUGGCUCGGCGGCGAAGGUUCCCAUUUGCCCGGGAGAGGAGUGACUCUACUGGGUCCAGCUCUGUCUACUUCACAGCCACGUCCGGAGCCACAUUCACAGACGCUGAGAGCGAAGGCGGUUACACCACAGCCAAUGCCGAGUCUGACUAUGAGCGGGACUCUGACAAGGACAGUGAUGACGGGGAAGAUGAAGUGAGCUGUGAGACUGUGAAGAUGGGGAGAAAGGCUUCUCCGGACCUGGAGGCGGAGGUGGCUUCGGGCCCCGUGGCUGGAGCCCUGGAUGCUGGAGGCUCCCCUGGCCUGGAGGACAUGCUGCCCCUCCUGCAGCAGGCGGAUGAGCUACACCAGGGCAGCGAGCAGGGCAAGCGGGAGGGCUUCCAGCUGCUGCUCGGCAACAAGCCCGCGUAUGGAAGCCGGCAGGACUUUCUCUGGCGCCUGGCCCGGGCCUAUAGCGACAUGUGUGAGCUCACUGAAGAGGUGAGCGAGAAGAAGUCAUACGCCCUAAGUGGAAAAGAAGAAGCAGAGGCUGCCCUGAAGAAGGGGGAUGGGAAUGCUGACUGUCACCAGUGGUAUGCAGUGCUUUGUGGUCAGCUGGCUGAGCAUGAGAGCAUCCAGAGGCGCAUCCAGAGUGGCUUUAGCUUCAAGGAGCAUGUGGACAAAGCCAUUGCUCUCCAGCCAGAAAACCCUAUGGCUCACUUUCUCCUUGGCAGGUGGUGCUAUCAGGUCUCUCACCUGAGCUGGUUAGAAAAAAAAACUGCUACAGCUUUGUUUGAAAGCCCUCUCAGUGCCACUGUGCAGGAUGCCCUCCAAAGCUUCCUAAAGGCUGAAGAAUUACAGCCAGGAUUUUCCAAAGCAGGGAGGGUAUAUAUUUCCAAGUGCUACAGAGAACUAGGAAAAAACUCUGAAGCUAGACAAUGGAUCAAGUUAGCCCUGGAGCUGCCGGAUGUCACCAAUGAGGAUUCAGCUUUCCAGAAGGACUUGGAAGAAUUGGAAGUAAUUUUAAGAGAAUAAUCACAUUUCAAUGGCCUUCAUGACUUGAGGGAGACUGCCCUGCUUAGAUCAUCAGGAAUCUAAGUGAUGGUCCUGACUGGUAUCCAUAACCAUUCCCCAAUUUCUUUCCUGUUGCCCACUAGUUAAUUUAUUCUAAUCCCUUAUUUUAUCUG